GGGUCGACGACGGAGGCGGAUUCGGAGCUCCAGCCUCCGCCUCGAAGAAGGGAAGCUGGGCUAGGCUCCGGCGCAGGCUUUGCGGCCCCGCUCUUGCUGGUUGCCGUUCCCCCUUCCCGCCCCCAGUACACAGCACCACGGUGAGGGGGCAGGAAGUGACUCUUGAGCCGGGACUGGGCGGCGUUUGAGGCACCUGAAACCGCAUAUUUGUCACGGCGGAAAGCGGGGGGAGGAGAAGCUGAGGCACACCGAGACCUUCCCCGCUCAACUGCGAGCAAAAGUGAAAGGGGGGAAAGGAAAAGAACCCCCCUCAGCAAUAACCCAGCUUCUCCGGCCGCUGUUGCCCGGUCCGCAAGCUUGGCACUGCCGUUAUCCUCGCUGUCGAAAGCUGUUGCAUCCUCCCCCCACCCCAUUUUUUCUUCUUCUCCUUUUCUUCUUGAUUGGCGAGAAAACUUGAUUGGGAUUUAAAACAUCUCUGGGUAGAUGCAAAUGGAGGAUAUCUGGACCCCCGAAGUGUGAGAAUGUUGGCUUUGAAAGCUCAGGGAAGAAGUAGCAGGGAGAAAAACGUAACCCAGUGUGCCUGAAAAUGACAACAAAACGAAACUUGUUUGUGCGGUUGGUGCCAUGCCGUUGUUUGCGUGGAGAAGAAGAAACUGUUACUGCACUUGAUUAUUCUCACUGCAGCCUGGAGCAGGUGCCUAAGGAGAUUUUUACUUUCGAAAAGACGUUGGAAGAACUCUAUUUAGAUGCUAAUCAAAUUGAAGAGCUUCCAAAGCAACUUUUUAAUUGUCAGUCUCUGCACAAGUUGAGUUUGCCGGACAAUGAUCUAACAACAUUGCCUGCAUCCAUAGCAAAUCUCAUUAACCUCAGGGAACUGGAUGUCAGCAAGAAUGGCAUACAGGAGUUUCCAGAAAAUAUCAAAAACUGUAAAGUUUUGGCAGUUGUCGAGGCCAGCGUAAACCCUAUUUCAAAGCUUCCAGAUGGAUUUUCACAGUUGUUAAACCUAACACAACUAUACCUGAAUGAUGCUUUUCUUGAGUUCUUACCAGCCAAUUUUGGCAGAUUAACUAAACUGCAGAUUUUGGAGCUUAGGGAAAACCAGUUAAAAAUGUUGCCAAAAACCAUGAACAGACUGACUCAGCUGGAGAGACUGGACCUGGGAAGUAAUGAAUUCACAGAAGUGCCUGAAGUAGUUGAACAAUUAAGUGGGUUAAAAGAAUUUUGGAUGGAUGGUAACAGAUUAACUCUUAUUCCAGGGUUUAUGGGCAGUUUGAAGCACUUGACCUACUUGGAUGUUUCCAAAAACAACAUUGAAACUCUUGAAGAAGGAGUUUCAGGAUGUGAAAGUUUACAAGACCUGCUGUUAUCUAGUAAUUCACUUCAGCAACUGCCAGAGUCUAUUGGUUGUCUAAAGAAAUUAACAAUUCUUAAAAUUGAUGAAAAUCAGCUAAUAUAUCUGCCAGAUUCCAUAGGAGGGUUAACGUCAGUUGAAGAACUGGACUGUAGCUUCAAUGAGAUUGAAGCUUUGCCUUCAUCUAUUGGGCAGCUCUCUAAUAUAAGGACUUUUGCUGCAGAUCAUAACUUUUUAACCCAGUUGCCACCAGAGAUUGGAAACUGGAAACAUGUAACUGUUCUGUUUCUGCAUUCUAAUAAGCUGGAGUUCCUCCCAGAGGAAAUGGGUGAUAUGCAGAAAUUAAAAGUCAUCAAUCUAAGUGACAAUAGACUAAAGUAUCUGCCCUACAGCUUUACAAAGCUGCAACAGCUGACUGCCAUGUGGCUAUCAGAUAAUCAGUCUAAACCUCUCAUUCCCCUUCAAAAAGAAGCUGACCCAGAAACACAGAAAACAGUGCUUACUAAUUAUAUGUUCCCUCAGCAACCAAGAUCUGAAGAUGUUAUGUUCAUAUCUGAUAAUGAAAGUUUUAAUCCUUCACUGUGGGAGGAGCAGAGGAAACAGCGCGCUCAGGUGGCUUUUGAAUGUGAUGAAGAUAAAGAUGAAAGAGAGGCACCACCCAGAGAGGGUAAUUUGAAGAGGUAUCCAACACCUUAUCCUGACGAAUUGAAGAAUAUGGUCAAAACAGUUCAAACAAUAGUACAUAGAUUAAAAGAUGAAGAAAACCCAGAUGAUGCUAACAAAGAAUCAAAGCAAGAAGGCCAGCAAAUCUCAGUGAAGGAUGUAGGUGUAAAGACUUCAGAAAUGACUCCAGCAAGGAGCAAAGUAGAAAGUGAGCAGAAUAUGAUGGGGAACUGCGUGCAGAAGCCUAAUGAGCCAGAUGCUGAAAAUAGCACUGGAAACUUGCAGAUGAGUACUCAAGUUAAAACCUUGGAGAACACAAAGCCAAUUACUAAUCACGAAGAUACUCCUGAGGAGUCAGAAGAACUGUCUUCUGAUGAAGAAAUGAAAAUAGCAGAAAUGAGACCACCUCUCAUAGAAACCUCCAUUAACCAACCAAAAGUAGUAGCUCUUGGCAGUAGCAAAAAAGAUGACAGUAAAGAUGUAGAUUCAUUGUCGGAUGACCCCACCCACAACAGCAAUCAGAAUAACAGCAAUUGUUCCUCUCCUUCUCGAAUGUCCGAUUCACUUUCUGUAAAUACUGACAGUAGCCGUGAAGCAUCGCUGUGCUCUCCAGAAAAAGAAACUAACAUGGCUGUGACUUCCAAAAUCAGGCAAGAAGAUGAAAAUUCUAAUAGUGUUUUACAAAAUGGAGGUGACAUAAAUGUCACAGCAGAAGAAAAACUGGAUGCUCAAGAUAAAGUUACAAAUUUCACUGAAUUCAGAUUAAAUAUUGAAGAGAGAUUAGCUUUAAGAGAGACAGGUGUUGAGCGUAAUAGUGCUACUGAUGAGUCUCACAAAUUACACCAAAUUAACAUGAAUAUCUGCAAAUUGAUUGAUGACAAAGUAAUACAUUCAAAUGUAGUGGAAGAAAUAAAAACACAGGAAAUGUCAUCAGUUAAAGGCCUUUUAAACAAUAAUAUGAAAGAAGAAAUCAAGCACAUGGAAAUUGGAAAUAAAUAUUCUAACAUGUGUCCUAUGAAUAAUGUCAAUGGACAUUCUGAGGAAGUGCCUCACUCUGCAGGAAAGUCAGAGCUAAAGAGAAGUGCUACCAUUGAAACAGAUUCUUCUUCUUCAGAAAUGUGUCUUUCAAAGAGCACUGAAGAUUUGUCUCCGCAGAGGAGUGGGCCAGUUGUGAAAUCCCAUAGCAUAACUAACAUGGAGACAGGUGCUCUGAAAAUCUAUGAUAUUAUCAAUGACAAUGGAUCCCAGCAGCCAAAUCCAGUGAUAAAAUCAGCAGUUAUGGCUUCAGAUGGAAAACAUAUAGUCCGGAGCAAGUCAGCUACUCUCCUGUAUGACCAGCCAUUACAAGUGUAUCCUGGGUGCUCAUCAUCAUCUGAUUUAAUAUCUACAAAAACAGUGUUCAAAUUUGAUUCAAACCAUAAUCCUGAAGGUACUAAUGUAAUAAGAGGACAAGGAACUAAUGCUUCACAACUAUUCAGUACCCCCCAGUAUAAUAUCCAGUAUAGCAGCAGUAUGGCAGCCAAAGAAUCCUUGUGGCCCCCAAAACAAAACUCCCUGGUUGAACAGAGCUGCGUGCCUCAACGCCUGCCGAGGUCGGAUACCACAGAGAGCUGCAAUUCCGUGAAACAUUCUGCCAACAUGAAUUUCUCUAAUCAUAACAAUGUUAGAGCUAGUGCUGCAUAUAAUAUGCAUCAGAGAAUGGGUGGAAGGCAUAUGGAAAUGUGGGCUGUUCCACCGAACGACAGACCUGUUUCUGUAGUAACCCGAAAUACUCUUCAGCGGCAGAGUAGCGUCUCCUCCACUGCUUCAAUGAACGUUGGUGAUUCUGGACCUCCACGGCGUCCUCAGGUUCCUGAAGGGGAUUAUUUGACAUAUAGGGAUUUGCACUCAAUGGGAAGAGUCCCACCGAUAAUAUCAGGCCCACAAAGACCUCUUUCUGCAAGAACCUAUAGUGUUGAUGGGCCAAAUGUACCACGACCUCAGAGUGCUCGCCCUUCAGCAAAUGAAAUACCGGAGAGAACUAUGUCAGUUAGUGAUUUCAAUUAUUCAAGGACUAGCCCUUCUAAAAGAACAAACCCACGAGUUAACUCUGAACACUCUCUGCUAGAUGCUCCAGGAAAAAGCAAAGUUCCUCAUGACUGGAGGGAACAGGUGCUGCGACACAUUGAGGCCAAAAAAUUAGAAAAGAGCAUGCUGUCUAGGUCCUUUAAUUCCAAUUAUGCUCCAGUUAGCAGCUUCCACUAUGGCAGCUCUAGGGAUCUGCAUGGCAGCCAAGGCAAUGUUGCCUUGAGUGUUGCAGACAGAAGAUGUUCUGGUGUACACAUUGUUCGUCAUCCCCAAGCAUCUACCCCAGUAGAUCAAUGUCAGGAGGAUGUAUUCUUUUCAGGACAGCAGAACUACUCAUCUGCCACACUUAAUCUCAAAGAUGUUGCUCCAGAGAACAUUAAAAAACUUCCUGUACAGGUACCUUUGACGAAUGGGCAGAUGUGCCAGCCUCCAAGACCUCAGGCAAAUUAUAAUCAAGUCCAUCAUGCUGCACCCCUUGCACCUGUGGCAAGACAUCCUUCUAGAGAGCAAUUGAUUGAUUAUCUGAUGCUUAAAGUUGCCCAUCAGCCUCCCUACGGACAGUCCCAAGGUCCAUCCAGGCAGUGCCAUGAGCUGUCAAAGCAAGAGAUUCGAGUAAGAGUUGAAAAGGAUCCAGAGCUUGGAUUCAGUAUAUCAGGAGGAAUAGGAGGUAGAGGAAACCCCUUCAGACCUGAUGAUGAUGGUAUAUUUGUAACCAGGGUACAGCCUGAAGGACCAGCAUCUAAACUGUUGCAGCCAGGAGAUAAAAUAAUUCAGGCUAAUGGAUUUAGUUUCAUCAAUAUUGAUCAUGGACAAGCGGUGUCUUUACUAAAGACUUUUCAGAACACGGUGGAACUUGUCAUUGUUCGAGAGCUUUCUUAAAUACUGUGGAGGAAGGGGAAACGUUCGCGUGAUCCUUUGAAGGACUUAUGGGAAACUGAAUAUUUUGAUUAUUUUUAUAUACAAAAACUUUUAAAAUCAUGUACAGUUAUAAAAUAAUGAACUUGUGGUUAUAGGGGAAAACCACUGUAAAGAACAUAGAUGAAACAGUUUUGGAAAUGCAUAUGGUAAUAGACUUUGUUGAGUUUUAAAGCAUUGUAGCAAUCAAAUAUCACUCCUCCAUGAACAAACCUGUGGUGUAUUUUGUACAGAUGGUAGGUUUAUUUUUGGAUAAUUCAUACACAUUACUAAACCAUGUACAAGGAACCUCCAUUGUAGCCAGUGGACAGAUGGCAGGGCUUUCUGUCCUGUAGCUGUUGCCUUUAUUUUUUUUUUGUUCACCUUGUUUUUAAUGUCUUUGUUGAAACCACUUCUGUAGAUGUGGAUAAGAGAUUUGAAAUGUUGGCUUUGCUAUGUGCAUAUUGUAUAGAUGAAUGGGUAGAUGGAAUGUGCGGCUGGCUGGAUUAAUUUAAAAGGCCAGGUAAAAUGGCUAUGAAAGUAUGGAAUCAAGAAAGGAGGGGGAAAUGAGUUAACAUGAGAAUGUAUAUCUACCAAUAGAAAAAAAACCCAAUGCAAUAAAAUGUGAAGUCUUUUAAGAGAGACUAUAAAUACACUUCUGGGAGGUCUACAGGAUUGGCUCAUAUCACAUCCACUGUCUGUCUUAUUUCCUAGGUGUAAUUAAAUUUUGAGUGCUUGUUUUUAAUUACACAACUUUUUUCAUCUGCCAUGGAGUUGUAAUGAGAGACUACUCUCUGUUAUGAAAAUCCCCAGUUUUCUGCAAAAGGGUGAUUUUCUUCUGCCUUGUAAUAAAUACUCCAUAUUCAACUUAUUUAUAGUUUUUAAAAAAAAGAAAAAAAAGAAACUGAAAUGGCCAGUUUUUUACUGUGUUGCCUGUAACUCAUUGCAUAUUUAUAUAUCACACAUGUGCAUGUUCCAAACCUCAACGUAUUCUGCCAUAAAAAGCUUCAUUCUUUUUAAUGGAGCUUAUGGCAGUGAGCCCUAUGAGGAUUGGGCUGCCCAGGAGUAAAUGGUUCAGGAAGGGUUAGGAAGAAGUCUUGAUUUUUAUUUGGCCUUGAAUUGCCUUGUUAGACUAAAAGGAAACACUGAUCUGGUUCGCAUGACACAACAGCCCACCAAGGGUGAAUUUAGCCGUGGUGGCUGUUGCAUUGUGCAGGGCGACUUCAAAUAACCCAUGGCUUGUUUUAUGGUUAUUUGAGGGUUGUCUAACCCUUAAACAGCACCAGCUGCCUUGGUGUGCAUGACAGGACAAGCCACAGCAAUACAGUCGCCAAGCAAGAAUGGCGCUCAUAGGCACCCAGCACAACAUGACAACCCCUGUGAGUAAAUUAACCCAAGGGGGGCUGUUCUGUUGUGCAAACCAGGCCAGCUAAGUAACCAAAGCCAGUUUUUGUGAAACUGUUGCACAGUGAUGGGAGAAUUGCUGUUGGGAAGUUGUAGGGCAAAGGGAUGGGUACUUGGGGCCCACCAGUUUGUAAUGAUCUUUCUCAAGGGCUGUUCCUACAGGUGACAUUAAAUGUGAACUAGACACUUCAGAGUCAUUAAAGGGUUUCUAACUAUAUUAACGUAGUACUGAUUUACCACAGGCUGCCUUUGUUCCUUUUUGUAUAAAAUAUUGGAUUAUACAUAAUUAAUUUUGUUUAUGGUAAACAUUAUGUUUAUUUUCUCUUUUUCGUUAAAUAACAGAGAUGAGAUUGCCUAACUUACGGGAUAAUAAGUAAUAAAUGGUUAUUAUGGACCAGAGAAGAGUGCCAUAGAAGACCAAUAACUGUUUUUUUUAAAGGCAAAUGAUAACCCAUCAUUGGAGCAAUAUUCAGUUACUGCAAUUUUUAAUAAAUAGAAAGGUGGUAGUUUUAAAGAGAUCUAGCAAAAUCACCAGCCUACUAUAGUUUUUUGAAAGACAUGCUGGAAUAGAAAGGAACCUACAUACUUAACAGAUAGUCAGUACUUUUUAAAUACACAAACUCCAAUGAUAUUGCACUUCAAAGAAGUUAUCAACUGCAUAUUGUAAUAUGUAUAGUUUUUAAUAAUUUUAAUUGAAACCCUUUAAUGUAUUCUUUGUACAUUAAUUUUAGUUUGAAUUUCAUUAAUAUUUACAUAGGAAUUGAUUUUUAUAUUAGCAGAAGUGCUGUAUUUUGGUAAAAUUCACUUAUUUUCUGUGUGCUGUUAAUCUUUAAAAAAGAGAGAGAGAGAGAGAGAGAGAGAGAGAGAAACAUAGCUAUAUAAUGGCAGGCUUUAGUGUUACCUUGCUUCUAAAAAUGUCUUUUUAAUUUCUCUGCUUUUUAUUGACAGCUUAAAAAUUCACAUUCAUUGCUUUUAAUUAUAUUACUAAACUCAGCCUUUUAAAGUGAAUAUAAACAGAUCAAUCCUAAUCUGACUUGCGACAUACAUCUAUAAUUACGGUGAGGGCAAAAAAUAAAUAAAUUCCAAAUCAGAACUGAUUCUUUAUUGAUCAUGGACUUAACUUGUUUUUGAAUGUAAUACAGCAGGUUGAAAUAAAUGUUAAAAUGCAUUGCAUUUUGUAUGAAAUUAUAAGCAUUAUAAACUAUGCUGUUAAAUUUAAUUUAAGUUUCUAUAACAACACUGCAAAAAUGUAUCAUUGUUUAUAGAGAGAAUUUAAAGCAAGAAUCUUGGUGCUUAGUUUGUUGGCAAGAAAGUAGAAAAUGAUCUUCGAAAUAAAAUAUUGUUGAUGGUUAUCUCAUGAAAACAGGAACAUUUUUAAAUGCAUUAUUCUAUUUGUGUUGGGAAAUGGUCAAAAUACUCACUUGAAAGAAGCAGUUGAAGAAGAGGCUCAUUUAAAAUAGAAGGAAACUAUUCUGAAGCCAUGGAUUUGUAACGUUUCUCAUCUUGUCAAAUAAGAUUUAUCUGCAAACUUGGUGGAUUUGGCAUAGAAUGAAUAAAGUGUUUGUCAACUCAGUAUUCUUUUAAUGACAGUUAAUUAAAGAAUCAGUUCAAAUUAAAAUUCUACAAAAAUCCCACA